GGUAUUUGUUUGUUCUCRAUUCAUUCAUUUGCAUGAUGAUCACGGCUUUUGUUGAGCAAGGGGGCUCGGGAACCAAGGGCAGAGUAGCAACUUUAUUACUGUAAAAAAUUAUUUUAAGCAUUUCUAUAACCUCCAUUGCAUCGUGACCAAGUUMAAAYCCUUCUAGAAGUGGUUGRCUAAGUCAUAGAGAUUGUCUGCUGACAUCAAACGUGUUACCACGUGUCGAAGAAACGAUUUWAAAGCACGAAAAGCCCAUACACAUGGCUUCGUGAGUCGUCUUGGACUACCAUGGAAGACAGGCCAGUAUCAGAUCAACCUGAGAGCGUAGAAAAGCGCUGCCAGAUUGAAGGAUGCAAAGAUGUCACMGUAGGAAUAAGGACUUCGUUAUGCCGAAAGCAUCGACACAACAAAUAUAAGCAAAACUAUAAGAAAAAGAAACGUAGAGCACAAGGAGUAGAGGAAAAUCAGAAUGAUUCUCUGGAGAACCAAUUAGCACUUGAAAAGUUUCACCGUGAAARAAAGUAUGCAAGCAUGCUUCAGCAAGUACUUGUMCAGAAAAGACUGGAGUUGCUUCAGUCUCCGAGUAUUUGCAAUCUACUCAGAACACACCAACAGAAUGUCCUUGAAUCUAAAAACAAAGAAAUCCUGGAGAAGCGUAAAGCGGCUUCAGAUUCCUCAAAACACGAGGACGAAAAGCAGAAAAAAGCCACAAGUGAAACAGAAUCAACUACUGUAACAUCAGCGCCCACUAUUAAAGUGGCCAAUGCAUCUCCAAAACAAGCUUCCUCAGCGAAGUCUACAAAACAAGGCUCACGGCAGCCAAAACAGUCCACCAAAAACUCGAAAAGUCGUUCCAACAGUAGCUCAACAUUGUCACAGAAUGGCGGUCAAAAAGCCAAGGCUGUCAGAUGCAACAGCACAGGCCAACUUAACUUAACAACACUUUCGACUGGCAAUUGGAGAAAUGAGGAUACMAAACAAGGUCUACCGUUCCAACAACAACGAUAUACUCAUGAACAAUUACUGCAGCACGUCACGCAACAAGUGAUGCAUCAACAGAACCAACAACAACAACAGCAACAGCAGCAACAACAACAGAUUUACAAUGUACAAACACUACAAACAGAACUAUUAUCUCAAAAAAUGAUUAGCCCAAAACAUGACUCGCAACAACCGCAGCAGCAGCCACAGCAGCAGUUUUACAAUCUACACCCAAGACCAUCACAACAACAGCAGCAGCAAAGUCAUUAUCAGCAACAACAACGACAGCAAGUACAGCAGCAACAACAACAACAASAACAACAACAAUUACAAAGACAGUACGAACAAAAACGAAUUCAAGAACAAGUUUUGCAGCAACAACAGCAGCAGCUGCGGCAACAGGAGGCAAUCCAAGCCAACAACCGUCGUAAUAACCUUCAGCAACCAAAACACCACCAGCAACACCGCCAGCAACAACACAUUCCACAACAACAGCAGCAACAACAGCUGCCACAGCAACAAUUGCCACAGCAGCAACAACWGAUGCCACAACAGCAACAACAGAUGUCACAACAGCAACAAUUGCCACAGCAACAGCAACAAAUGCCGCAACAUCAUCAUCCGCAACACAUGUUACAGCAGCAACAUAUCUCACAACAUCACCAACAGCAACGACAAAUGCCACAACAACAACAGCAGCAAAUGACGCAGCAACAAUCGCAGCUUAUGUCACAACACCAACAACAUAUGCCUCAACAUCAGCGUCUUAAACAACAACUGCAUCAACAGCAGCAGCAUCAAUUACAGCAACAGCAGCAACACCAAUUGCAGCAAUAUAAAUUACAACAGCUUCAAUUACAGCAACAUCAGUUGCAACAGCAACGCCAAAUACAGCAUCAGAAGCACUUGCAACCUCAUCUUCACAAGAAUAAUCAUCUGCAGCACCACCAUCUUCAACAAAAUCUACAAAAUACAGUGAAAAAUACCAUGGAAACUGCUGCACAGUUACCAGGUCAAAGACUUCCCUCAAUGCCUUUAAUUUCGUCGCUCUCACGAAUAACUAUUAACAAUCCCGUAACUGCGUCGUCUACCGCUCGGCCUCUUUUACCAAAGGCGGCCUUAUCAAACACUCCAGGAAAGUCCCGCAACCCACAAAUAGUUUCCGUUACUCAAAAUCGACCCAUCGCGCCCCGGACUCACGGAGUAGUACAGACCAAUAGUGGGAACACAGGAAUGCCUGUUAUCACUGCUAUUAUAUCGGGACCUCUUAGUCAAGAAAUAUUGCCACAAAAUAUACCAAACAAUGAUCGUAAUGCGGUGUUUUUAGAAACAGACUUGAAUAGCACUUUAGGAAGCAAUUAUUCUCUCUUACAAUUUAACACUGCACAGAUGAAUAGYUUGUUGAAUGAUAGUGAAACAGCGACGAUACUGCAGCAAAAYCAGGUAAAGGACAGCGUGGCUUUGAGUACCAUUGACACUGUAGUAGCAUCAGGGGUUGAUAUAAUGAAUUCUUGGCCGAUGAAUAUAGACAAUAUCCCGCUUUAAAUCAUACAAAUUUUGUCAUAAGAUCCGCAGAGAACAAUUACCCAAGAAUGGACGUCGUCAGUAAUCCAUGAGAACUAUAAAUAAAUUGUUCAUUUAUA